AUGCUAUCGAAACCUGGUUCUACGCGCGAGCUUACACUGGGGCUAAAGAAAAUGGGACUAACACGACGAGCAACCGAUUGGCACACUAGGCUGCUUUACUUCAAUUCUCAUUCGGGAAUACAUUUUUCUGUGCCGCAGGAGACCAGAAGAGGUCGAGCGUUUCGCGUCUCAUUCGAUCACACUCUAUUUGAUGAGGAGGGAACUCGCGCUGUGACGUACGCAAGCAUGGACAAGUUGACGCUCUUCUUUCAAUACCAGGCGCUAUUUUUCAUUCAAUCGUUUGAACUCGUCGUACACGCUCGGCCUUUCUACUUUCGUGCAUCUCGUGUUCACGCCGGUCGUUAUCGGGAGAGGCGCCUUAUGCACAUCAAUCAGCAGUUUAUGCAUGAAACAUAUCUGACAUGGAGGACGAUCAUCGCCGCGCACGACGAUGAACAGGAACCCGACCAAUCGUCUCGCUGCUGGCUUCUCUGGAACUUGACGCCCCUUGACGCCAUUUCUGUGCUUCGACUUCUCUUCCCUGCUUUCCGAGGAUUCGAACUAACCUGCAAUCUCAAUCCUAAAUCGGGUAAUGAACCUUACUUCUCGGGUUCGCACAACUUCCGCGGUCCUCCCAAACAUACCUCUCCGUUCAAAGCGCAUUAA